GCAGAAGUGAAAAUAAAUUGACAAUAAUGAAAUUAUACAAAAUUGAUUGAGAAAAAUGAAAUUAAGAAAAUAAAGAAAAUAAACUGAAUUAAUACAACUUAAAAUUACAACAAUUUAACGCCAUUACAUGAUGGCCUACGACAAGAUGUCACAUCAUAUGAAUCACACCAAUAUGCCGGUGAAACAUUUACAGCAAAUUACACCACAAGCACAGACGCUCUCCUCAUCCCUGGCUAUUGCCUGUUCGGAAUGGCUAAAUGCUACAGAAUGUGCUAAUAUAACAUUUGCCAUUGGCAAACAACGUUUUGCUACAGCCACUAUGGCGGAUGGCAGUGGAGGUGGUGGUGUUGGAAAUGCCACACCACCUCCAGAUAAUCUUAUGGAAAUGGACCUUGAAAUGGAUGUUGAAUGGCCAUUAGAGCGUGUAGUGUCAACAAUAGUGCCAGUAUUUUUUGGAAUUAUUGGUUUAGCCGGUUUGUUGGGUAAUGCUUUGGUCAUUUUAGUGGUGGUGGCUAAUCAACAAAUGCGCUCGACAACAAAUCUGCUGAUCAUAAAUCUGGCCGUUUCGGAUAUAUUAUUUGUUAUAUUCUGUGUACCUUUUACAGCAACAGACUAUGUGCUGCCAGAAUGGCCUUUUGGAAAUCUAUGGUGUAAAUUCGUUCAAUACAUGAUUGUUGUGACGUGUCAUUGUAGCGUUUAUACGCUAGUGCUUAUGUCAUUCGAUCGUUUUUUGGCCGUAGUACACCCAGUGACAAGUAUGUCACUGAGAACGGAAAGAAAUGCCACAUUAGCGAUAAUUUUAGCUUGGAUUUUAAUUAUAACCACAGCGAUACCAGUAGCAUUGGCUCAUUCGGUAAGAAUAUAUCAGUUUCAUGGUCACGAUUAUACAGCCUGUGUCUUUUCAUCCGAUAAAGAGGUUUGGAGUUUAUUGGGUUUUCAGGCCUCUAGCAGUCCUGGUGUGCGCUCCUCAACUGGUGAAUGA